CCUGAUCCUCACGCCAAAACAGUUGAACCACAUUUCUCCUCAACAAUGGCUGCUCCAUGGUUUGUGUAUCUUCCCGUCAUCUUUGCCCUUUACGUCUUCACUCAGCAUUUCUUCCACAAACUUAGGAAUCUUCCACCCGCCCCCGCUCUGAAGCUACCCUUUGUUGGCCACCUUUAUCUCCUCAAGAAACCCCUCUAUCGUUCCUUGGCCAAGAUCUCCGACCGCUACGGUCCCGUCGUCCUCCUCCAGUUCGGCGGCCGCAGCGUUCUCGUCGUCUCCUCCCCCUCCGCCGCCGAGGAGUGUUUGACCAGAAAUGAUGUCAUCUUCGCCAACCGUCCGCACUUGCUUGCUGGAAAACAUCUGGGCAACAACUACACUUCCUUGGUCUGGGCUUCUUACAGUGAUCACUGGCGAAACCUGCGUAAGAUUUCAUCAAUCGAGAUUUUGUCCACGCACAGGCUCCAGAUGCUUCACGGCAUUCGUGUGGAGGAGGUCAAGUCAACGGUCCGGACCCUGAAUCGGGCUGCGGAGCAGCGGCGUAUGGUUGACAUGAAGGCGGUGUUCUUCGAGCUGACGAUGAACGUGAUGAUGAGAAUGAUAGCCGGGAAAAGGUACUACGGAGAGAACGUGGGGGAGGUGGAGGAAGCGCAGCGAUUUAGGGAAAUUGUUGAGGAUAGUUUUCGGGUGAACACGUCGAAUAUGGGGGACUUCUUGCCGGUGAUUAGGUGGUUGGGAGUGGGCGGCGUGGAGAAAGGGCUGGUGGAGGUGCAGAGAAAGAGGGAUGCUUUUAUGCAGGAGCUGGUUGAAGGGUGUAAGAGAAGGUUCAAGAGUUACGGCGGCGACGGGGAAGGUGGCGGUGACGUGGUGGCGGAGGGGAAGACGAAAACUAUGGUUGAGAUGCUGUUGGCAUUGCAGGCAAAAGAACCCGAUUAUUACACAGAUUCUCUCAUAAGAAACUUAAUGCUGGUUUUGUUAACAGCCGGUACAGAUACAUCAGCCGGAACAAUGGAAUGGGCGCUAUCUCUUCUGCUCAACCAUCCACAUGUCCUCAAGAAGGCACAACUCGAAAUCGACAAUCACAUCGGACACGACCGUUUAAUAGAUGAAUCAGACAUUGCCAAACUCCCAUACCUACGUUGCAUUGUGAACGAGACGUUACGUCUGUAUCCUGCAGGACCAUUGCUGGUCCCUCAUGAGUCCUCAGAGCAAUGCACAGUUGGUGCUUACCGCAUUCCAGCAGGCACUAUGCUGCUAGUGAACGCGUGGGCUAUACACAACGAUCCCAAGAACUGGGAGGAUGCCAGAGAAUUUAAGCCAGAGAGAUUUGAAGGGCUGGAAGGGAACCGGGACGGCUUCAAACUGAUGCCGUUUGGCUCAGGAAGGAGGGGUUGUCCCGGGGAGGCAUUGGCCGUGCGGAUGGUGGGGUUCGGACUGGCAUCUAUGAUUCAGUGUUUCGAUUGGGGAAGAGUUGGGAAAGAAUUAAUUGACAUGACUGAAGGCUUGGGAUUGUCGAUGCCCAAAGCAGAGCCAUUGACGGCGUACUGCAGAGCUCGGCCUGUGGCAGCGAAGCUGCUUUCCCAGAUUUAGACCAACUGUGGUAAUUGUUGAGGAAUAUAGUCAUCUAUGGCCAAAGAUAUUGUGCAAGUAUGAUGGAAAAAGUGUGAUGGAAGAGUGGCUAGUUGUCGUUGGAACUUUGACUUCUGCAUUUUUAUAUUUACAUAUAUAUAUAUAUGUAGGGUUAAGUAUUAUUUUAAUCCGCUAAGUAUGUCUAAUUUUAAUUUUCGUCUGAUAACUAUGU